GGCAAAACUUAAAUAUCCCACGAUCAGAUUGAGUUGUUGUUCCGGCUGUUUAAUUUUUUCAUGACACGAUCUCGGCUGUUUGUGACCAUCAACGCGUAUAUGCAGGUGCAGCACCGAGCAAAUCCCAUCAAUUUUGUGUUUCGUACAUCACCCAGGUUACACUGAAACUUUUCGUGAACCGCACUUUGUUGGUGGGCCAAAUUUCUCGCGCUUUAAGAUCUUCAUUUUUCAUUUUUUGCUGCGGAUGAACACCAUUCGGAUCAUUUUUUUAACCUUUGAGCUGAGAUCGUGAGACAGUGUGAUCACCGAGUUUUGAUCCUUGAACGGUAUGGUAAGAUGACACGAUUCGUGCCCAUUUUCUCAUGUGACAUUCGCGGAAAUUGUAGGUCGUCUGACACUUUUUAGAGACAACGAAACCUUUGAGAACUGCUGCGGUUUGGAAGAAAUGGCUAAAAUCGCAUCGGAGCGGGAAAAUUAACACACAGGAAGCAAGAGAACAAAAAGUAAAACAAGGUGAGGCGUAUUUUAUUGAUAAUUGCUACGUGUAUUUAUCUUUUUGAAUCUACAGUAGAGCCCCGGUAUAAACUCAAACUCUGAAGGGUAGCGACAACCAGUUCGAGUUAGUGGAAGCUUGAGUUAUGGGGGUCUAUCGAAUGUUUACUUAGCCAAAAUAACUGAUAGUUUACUGUUUUCAGCAGUUCAGUAUACAAUACUUUACAAAUUAAUCUUGUCUCGCCAGGAACUGCACAAUGACACAAUUAUGCAUUCUUAUUCUGAUGAUCCGGUAUUGCUCAUAAGAUUGGGAAAUGACUGUCAAAUCUUCGCACUGAUUAAAAUCAAAUUACGAUAGUGUAACUUUUAGACUUUUACACGACAAGAAGAGCUAAUGGAAUGGCAUCCGUAGUGAGUUGCUAGGACCAGAAGUCAAGUUAUCGGGGCAAAUUCUAUCAAUGAAGGAAAACGAAAUUAGUUCGAGUUGGCGAGGAAUUCGAGUUAUGCCAGUUAUCCGAGUUCGAGUAUGACUGACAGCCGUGACAAGUGGGGUCAAAUUUAGAAGAAAUGGGACUUUAUUAAUUCGAGUAGCCGUAUUAAACUUUCGGAAUUCUACGGGUCGUAAGUCAUCAUGGCAACAAUUUGUUAUUUUUGUUCGCCACGACAACAUGAUAUGCGCCAGUAAAUGUUUACGUAUUAUGGUAUAACGAGUUUUGCAUGACCCUCUGGAAAAGUCAUUUCACAUGGACACCCCUACCCUUCAAAAAAUUUACUCUUUACCCCUCCCCCUUCGGAAAUUCCAUUGACUACCCGUAGGGCAGGUAUGGAUUUUUUAUAGACCAAAGUUUGAUUUUAUUCUUAGACCAAGAGUGACUUAGUUUAGAACAGGCAUAGACGCACAAUAAAUAAACUAGUGGUUCCUAAAAGGAGGUUAAGUGCUGUGAGAAGAAGCUUAAGUAACAAGCGACUUAUUUCUCGAUAACGAAAAAUGGGCUGGAAAAACAGAGAACGUGUUUGGAAACAGCGUCCAUUUCGCAUAGCCUGUUCCAGGCGUUCCCUUUCUUUACUUCGCACCGCUCUCCACUAUCUGAACGCUUGGAACAGGCUAAUUUCGCAUGAUGUAAACAUUAUACCACAGGUUACCCAGGCUCACUGUUUGUGUCACGUACGGGUUUCUAUAGAUCAUGAUAGAUAACAUAUGGGGCGAAGUUUAGGUCUGGAAAUUUGCUAGAAAAUGGAAAUAAAAAUCGAUGAAAUUUACCGUGUUGCGAGUUGUUGUUGUCGUUAAUAUGCACACGAAGUUUCGAGAAAAAUAGUCUGCUUCAUCUUUCCUACAUACCAUGUAGGAAGCAGACUAUUUUUCUCCAGGAUUUUAAACUUCGGGUGCAUAUUAACGUCAACAACAACUCGCUACAUGAUAAGUUUCAUCGAUUUUUAUUUCCAUUUUCUAGCACAUUUCCAGACCUAAACUUCGCCCAAUAUGUUCUCUAUAUUUACUCAUGUUAUGAAACCAGUACGUGACUAGCCCGCGUGCCAGUGAGCCUGGGUUACCUGUGAUUAUACGUGUAAGGGCGUUUGUGUUCGUGCAUAUGGUCAUUAGGUGAUCUAUAAAUCACAAAUUCUUGUACAUCCUACAAGACAAGCAUUUAGUAUCAAUAUAGGUGUUAAAAUACUGUAGACGAAAUAAGAGUGCAAACAAUGAUAGCAACCUUCGAUGAAAUUUUUGCCUGUGCAUGCACCGACAAAAUGACUCGACUAAUUUCGUAACAAUAUAUUAUGAAGGCGCAUUUCUGCGACUCUUUGUAGUGACAGAACAGUAAAGUAUAAACAGGAAAAAUACUUGACGAAUGCGAUCAGAUGAGCAAAGAAAGGAGGUCCUUCAUCUUGUCUUACGUCAUAGUUAUUUCAAGGCCAUGUCGCUAUUCGGAGUUUUACCGUAACAGCUGGGCCUCAGAAAGUGUCUAGAAGCGCCACUCCACGGUAAACAUCAUGUUUUUAGCAUAUUUAGUGUUCUAUGUCACCAUGAAACCGAUCGAAAAGAACCAAAUGUAAUGACUAAGCACUUAGACAAAGACGAAUAACAUAGGACACAUAGUGCCCCUCUUGUUCAUAACUGUGUCUCGGUUCUGUUUGGUUCGAUUUGUAUCAAACUUGUUUCGAUGUCAAUAUAUGAUUUACCGGAGAACAUCGUCCCAAUCGUUUUAUGUAAGUUGCCAUUUCUCCCUCCUUUAAAACUCAUUGUUUUUCCAGUCAAUGCCGUUUGUAUAUGCCCCGAUUCUUCAACCGCUGAAAAAUGCUCAACCCGUCAGCAACUCCAGUUAUUGACAAAGAAGCUACUAAAAUAAGACUAAGCAUACACUAGAACGCCAUUCCAAAUACUCGACAAAUAACUGCUCUACGAAGCGAGUCGAGUAAAGGUCAUGAAAGAAAGAAAGAGUCAAGAAAGGGUCUUGGUAACAUUUGUAACACAUUUUCAUGCAUGAGCUCAUACUAGGCCUGUAUACCAGUGGAGAAGGGUGAUCUAACAUCUUCAUGUGUAUCCCAUUAGCUAUAGUCGGCUUACCACCUAAUCGGCCAUGAAUUUCUUAGAUAUUUAACAGUAUCCUCUAAUUAGUAAGGUGUGUAUGUCCCAAGUUUGAAUUUCAAAACCUUUUUUUUCGUGCGUUGAGGAGGAAGCCAUAUCCCUAUAUUUCACUAAUGUGCUUGUCUUCAUCACCGUUGCAUGACCUUGCAUGUUAAACACAUCUUUGUGUUGUUUGUCACUACCUCAUCUGAGCGCUUUAUGUCGCUGUUUCGAAAGCCACAUCCCUCGUCGGAAUUCUACGUGAACAGAGCUUCAAUAAGAGUUGUUAUCUUUACAUAUUUUUCACAUACAUGAAGUUUACCCUGUAUACUUUUUCUUCCAGAUUUUUAGCUGAAUUGUGAUCCAAGAUGUUUUCAGCUCUACCAUUUGCACGUCAACUUUUUACUUCCUUGUCCGAUGCCCUAACAGGAAGAAAUGAGGUAUCAGAAUUUGCUUUUUCCUUCUGAGUGUUGAGACAUACAUUUGUGUUUUCUGCUCUCUCGCAAAUUCUAGCUCUGGCUAUCAUGGCACGUGGUCAAGUCCAAAUAUGGAAAACUUAUGCCAAGAGUUAUGCAAAGUCCUCGCCAUGAAGAAGGGUUAAAGCUAAAACUCCAGAGACUCUUGCACAAGGGUUUUAUUACCAUUCAUACGCUUAUUUUAUUAUAUCCAGCUCUUAUCCAUUUAUUUCCGUAGUUUAAAUAUUCCUUUUGCUCAAUAACAUGUAAUGACGGACACAAACUAAAGCGUAAAUUAAAGAGACAUGAUUUUAUACCAUCCGAAAUGACAACUCUCCCUUAGAAAUUAUCCACUAGACUCUUACUUCCCCUUGUUGCACUUUGUCUCGUUGAUUCUUAUAUUUUUAUGAUUUGUCAAGGUUUUGGCUGUGCUCUGCCAUAAUCUAUGCAUUUUUGUCAUUCUUUAAUUUUGUGAUAUUUCUUUGACGCAAUUCAGUUGAAUAUUACUUUGUCCUCCUGUUAAUUUGUUUUGUUGUUUUCUUGUAGAUUGUGAAAAUCUUAGAAACCUUUGACAUAUCCCAUGAAUCCCUUGAGGAAAUUGUCAACCUUCUCGUUAGUGACUUUACUAAAGGCCUCUCAGCCGAUGAACGAGUACGAGCAGAUAGCCCAGUAAAAAUGCUUCCAACCUAUGUUCGAGCAAUACCAGAUGGAACAGAAGAGGGAUCCUUUUUGGCUGUGGACUUAGGAGGUAGCAACUUCCGGGUGCUUUCGAUCUCCGUUUACAAAGGCGAGGUUGAAAAGAAAAGCGACAUUUACCCACUAGAAAAAGCGUUGAUGACAAGUGAUGCUAUAACGCUUUUUGAUUACAUCGCUGAUUGCAUCGCGCUGUUUGUCAAGAAAAAUAGAAUCAUUGCUAAUAAUCUGCCACUGGGGUUCACAUUUUCAUUUCCAGUUCAGCAACUAUCCUUGACGUCUGGUUUACUGAUUAAGUGGACCAAAGGCUUUUCUGCCAUUGGUGUAGAGAAUAAAGAUGUUGUCAGACUUCUCAAAGAAGCGAUAGAUAGAAAAGGAUUGGUGAGUUUUGGGUUUUAUUUGUAGUUUCCCAAAUCUAUAAGUAUUCAAUUCAACAACUAAGAUGUAGUUCGAAAGCUUGCUGUUUUCACGGUCACAGUCAGAAAUUUAAGACGACCUCUGCACGUAAUUUUGUCUACACUGUGCCUUGGUUAUCCCCUAUGAGCUAGAGUUCUUAUUCAUUUUAAAAGUUUUGUUCUGAGGGGAAUAAAAUUGCACCAGGUCAGGACAUUACAUGUCAAAAUGCUUGUUAUUUAAAUUUACCCUGCUUUUCUAAACAUCCGGUUUCUCUGGCUUUCUUGGAACAGUCAAACCUCAGUGCAUGAUCACCUUUACUUACUGGGUCCUACACGGCCUCGUUCCCUUUCACCCACGGUGAUUUCGGAUUUGACGUCACCUUUCAAGCUUGCUACUCGGAUAGCGCGAAUUAAUUUUCCUAGGACGAGGCUAGGUCUCACAAGAUAAAACUGUGUUACUCUGGCUACAAGCCCACUUGAAUGUUUCUUUAUUGAGACUUCUGCAUAAUAGCCACCUUUGUAUACUACAUUGAGAUUACGCUGUUUGCACUAAAAAAUGCACCAAAGGCUGAAUUGCCAAUUUUUGCUUCAAAAAGGCCCAGGCAAAAAUCCUAUCCUGGAAAAACAACCUCCAUCGUUUUGCCUUAAUGGUAGCCCUUGUAAGGUUUGUGUUCCAGCCUCCGCUGCAAGCAAGUCAGCGCAACAUGAAAAUUACCGUUUUUUUUCAGAGUGGAAGUGUGGGUCUUGUGGCACUUGUCAAUGAUACAACAGGAACAAUGAUGUCGUGCGCACUCAGCAAUCCAUAUGUCAGUGCUGGACUGAUUCUCGGAACUGGAACAAAUGCGUGCUAUAUGGAGAGCCUUAAUAAUGUACCAAAAUGGACUGGCGAUUGUAACGAUCCACGAGAAGUUAUUAUCAACACUGAGUGGGGUGCAUUUGGAGAUAAUGGUUCUUGGAAUCAUCUAAGAACAGCCUUUGAUGAAAAAGUGGACAAAGAGUCCAUUAACCCUGGAAUGCAGAUGCAAGUUUGUUUUUACUUGUGUUGUAGUCUCAGCUGUAAUCUAUUCAGUGACCAUUCCCACCUCGAGUAGAAGUGCUAAUUGGGACUAACCAAUAUUAUCAAGUGUAUAUGUUGUAGGUCAAAUUUGAUUUUGAGGUUAAUUAUGAUACGGUGUAGGUGGAUUCUCAUCUUCCUUUCGACUCCUAGCCCUAAAAGACAAAGGAAAUUGAGAAGCAACCUGGGGGAAACGUUUUUAAACCUGAAAUCAAAUUUAACCGGUAACAUGUACAUUAUAAAACAAGUAACGUUUAGCACCUACUAAGUUUCCUCCACAGUCGGACAAGCAAACACGUGGGUGGCCCACAAGCUCACGAAAUGACGGAAAGCCAUCAAAAAGGCAUCAGCUGUUCUGUCAUUAACAAGUUCUGUUCUUGCUGUCAUGCAGGCGAAUUUUACAACUUGAGCCUCUUUCAGAGUCUUCCUAUUGAGCGUGAUAUGUAAGGGUCCGAACAUGUUAAUGGUGGUGUCGGAAGAGGGAGGACCCUGCCGCCACUCGUAAAGACGAAAUCUGCUCCAUUAGCUGGUCCAGCGGUUUCUUGCGAAGCUUCCUGCACGUGAUAUACGUCAUCGGCGUUAAUGUAUUCCACUGCAAAUUAAUGAGAUUCCACCGCAAAAAACGGACGAUUUCAUCCCUCCUGUACUACUUUCUUCGCAGACACAAUAACUUUUGCGGCGUUAUUAUUUUUUCUUAGCGGCAUAAACAGGCAGUGUAUUUGGGUAAAAUAUUUUGAACUCAAUUCGAUUGCAUGACCGAAAAUUACCUCAAAAAUGGUGAACUAAACUGUUCUACUCCAUAAAGAUUUGAAAUCCUGACUUUUUACAUGGCAUAUUUUUCUUAUAUUUUCUGUUCUGCAUUACGUCAUAAAAGUUACCUUUCGUUUCUUCGCGAGGUUGCUCGUUGGCAAUUAAUGUAAUUUAUUAAUUUGUAAAAUAACAACCCUUAUAUUAUUGCAAUAACUGUUGAAAUGCACAGCAUUUUACAAAGUUAAGACGUGCAUCAGGGUGCAUCAUCAGUAAGAUAUCAUUCAGGAUUAGUCAUGUUAACUCCUAGGUCUUGUUCAAUACCGGAUAGCUUUUACGCCGGCUUGAAAAAAAUCCUGGAUAGGGCUUCUGUUCCCUAAUACGGGGCGGUGAUUGUCACAAAUUAUGUGUGAUAAACCAUGCAGUUCUGUUUAGCUUUAAUUCUUCACUCCAUUCAAAGUAUAUUUCUUCACAUGUUCAUAUUUUAGAAUUCUGUACUCUGUUCUACACUUAAAGGAUUCAUCGACAUCAAUUCGUGUAAAAAUUCGAUGAUCUACACUUCAUCUACACACUAGACUAGCUCCACGACUCCGAACGACUACACAGUUCCUAGACUCUUGUGCAAAGCUGAGUUUCCAGAACACGUGACGAGUUUUCCCACCACAAUGACGCAAUACUUUCCUAACAGUGAUUUUGGCGCGAUUUCUGAGACGAAGCAAAGCUGCCCCGCGCCGCUCUCUAAAGUGGAGAGUCAAAUAAUUGGAUAGGUGUUCAUACUCAUACCGGAAUUUGCUUUUCGUAUCGAUUAUGCCCAUACGAAAAGUUAUCUGGAAAAGUAUGAAUAUAGCCUUAGCUUGAGACUGAGACUAGUAUUACCUGUCCAUGGCCAGUCCAUCUUAUCACUCAUGAUUUCUCUUUCAGUGUAGCUCUUCCCCUGAGGAAGGCUAAUUUUUUUAGCCAUAAUAUUGACCUCCAAUAAAUCAGCCCUUUGCCGUAUUGUCAUCCUUGCAUUCAAUUCAGUUUUUUUAAUUCCCAUGAUUUUUGUUACUCUAUUCAGAUUUGAGAAGAUGAUUUCUGGGAUGUACCUAGGUGAAAUCGCCAGACUUGUUUGUAUGGAGCUUAUUCAGAAGAAACUCCUUUUCAAUGGCCAGGCUGGGAGGUUUAGUAAAAAAGACAGCUUUCACACCAAGUUUAUUUCCGAUAUUGAAAGGUAGGGUGAAGAAAAGAAAUAUAAGUAUUCUGUUUGUUAUUAAAAUAACCUUCUGAUAUCAAUACACCUCGGUGGAGAGCCAUGACCGAUACGUACACAUUUUUUACGGGCUCCUGCAUUUUUUUACUCGUUUUUGACAACAGUUUUACAAAUUUGGCACCCCUACGGGUAGCGUAAGCUUUUCUAGGUCAGUCAUAUCCUAUAAUAAUAAUAAUGAUAAUGAUAAAUAUAACAAUAAUGAUAAUGAUAACGAUGAUGAUGAUGACGAUGAUGAUAGAUGACAAACACGUUUACAAAGGACUAGCCAAAGUGAACAAUGUCAUUAAAUAAUGUCAUUUCUUUGGAAUAAAAUGUAAUAUUGUCUCUCAAAAACCAACUGAUCAACACCUUUGUGUGUGAAGCCUGGACAAAGUAGCAGGAAGAGGCGAUAAGAGUUAAACCUCCCUAAUUAAUUUUGAAAAUACAUGAGUAUAACUAGCCUGUGUACAGCCGCCCCUCCCCUCCUUUCCGAUUUUUUUGAGGGGAGGGGCGGCUGUACACAGGCUAGAGUAUAACUUGCUUAAUUGAAUUCCACGAUCUUGUAGAUUUCAUUUAAUCUUUAUGAGAUCGUGUAAAUCCCACGAAAUAGGCAUGUUUUAAAUCAUAUUAUAGAUCCCGCUAUGUGUGAAUAUGUAACAUUUGGAUAAAAGAGUUAACAGCUUCCAGAAAACAGAUCUUGUCUGUUUAAUAUGUAACCUUUCACUAAAGGUGUUCAGUUUCUACAGAAAAAAAGGUGCUGGUGGAGUCAUUAACAGAAUAAUAUAUCAUUUGUGGUAGCAGUACUAGCGAGCUUGAGCCCCCUAGACGGUGACAGCAGAAAUUCAUAAUGAGAAAAUAAAAAUAAAUAGUUAAAUACGUAAACCAAUGACUCAAAACAAGCAUCACACUUUUUGGUAGAUUUCUUUGCUGUCAUCGCAUGACUAUAGACCUUGCCAGCCAAUGCUCGUUCUUUGAAGAUUGUCGUUUCAUCAAUAGCUAUUAAAUUCGUCAUGUUUUUUGUUUGUUUACCCACGGAGCACUUAGCAGUUGCACUCAAACAUGUCCGUGCUUUCCAAGCUGUUCCAGAUCGAACUGGAACUUGGAAGUGUUCGUUUUUAAGGAGAGGGGAAAAGUCCGGAGUACCUUGAGAAAACCCUCUCGGAGCAAGGGAGAGGACCAACAACAAACUCAACCCACAUGGUUCUCAUUUGUGAAUUUUUUUAACAGCCAUGACGGAUACAAGAUUGAUCAGGUCAUGAAUGAAAUGGGAGUGAAUGCAUCUGAGUCUGAUAUUGAGAUAUUAAAACAAGUUUGUGCCGCUGUUUCUAUCAGAGCUGCCAGGCUAGCUGCUGCAGGAAUUGCUGCAAUUAUCAAGGUAUGUUAGUCCACCAAUAUAAUUAAAGGACCAAAAUAACGUGUGCUGCCAUUACUUUUUGUCAAAUUAAGUCAGCGAGGAGAAAGACACAGCUACGAUAGACCCUUGAACGGUUUAUUCAACUUUUGACAUGCCCUAGGUAGGUAAAAUUCGUCAAUACCACUAGACAAAGAGGGCCUUAAAAUUACUAAACUUGCAAGGUUUGGAAGUGAUACGUCCUAAAUGAGCGAAGAUAUACCAUCGCAAAAUUGCGAAAAUUUACUGACUCUCGUCUGAGGCAUAGCCAGUCCAUAGACUUGUACGCCAAGGCCUACAAAUUUUUGGUUUGAUCAGUCUACCUCUUCUCAUAAAUUAUGUGUUGUUGGGGAGAGCUUAUUGAGCUCUUACAAGAGCUCAAAGUGUUGGUGAGGUCAGUGCGUACUAGACAUGCGUGCAAUUUUCAGGAUAUGUGGAAAUGAAAGGCAGCCAGGCCUACAAAUAAUCGACAAGCUGGCUACGCUCCUGUUCGGUGUAUGGUGGGGGACAAGUUUAUCCCCCCACCAUAUGACAAACGUCUGUAAAACGCCGCGACUUUGAGGAGCUAUAUUUCCGUUAGUUUUCAACAAAUUACCUUCAAACUUAACAAGGGUUCUAAUUUAAAGGUGCUCUUUCCAGCGGUGUCGACAGAUUUUCCCUAACAUGUCCAUGUCAAAGGCUGAAAAACAAAAACACCGUGGAAUGGUCUGUUAGAAGCUAAAUGUUAUCAACUAAUUAUCUUUCAUUUUGUGACAAACCUGAGUGCUUGGUUUGAUUCGCAGCUUAACAUGCAUAACCUCUAUAACAAAAUAAAUAAAAUUUAUAAAAAAUUUGCUCACGGUUUAUUUUGAUUUGUUUUGCUCCUUUUUUUUCAUUCUAUUACAUUUAUGUAUUCUGUUACAAAUACGUAGCAAAAAAGUGAAUUUUUGAUUAAUUUACAACUGCUAAUACAUUGAUGUCAGGGAUGCAAUGCAAGAGAAAAAUAUGUUGUAACUUUUUCUUCGCUUUGUUACAGUGUCUAUCAAAUAAUAAUUAAUGAAGAAGUUCUUUCUUUGGUCCAAAACACACGAAAGCUGUCAAAUAAGGUUCAUUAAAUUUAGUUUUUAACCCAGUGUUUUAAUUUUCAAAAACAGAAAACAAAGAACUAUACCACUACUAUUGGUGUUGAUGGCAGCUUGUUUAAGAAGCACCCAAAGUUCAAGCGAUAUAUGGACGAAACCCUAAAAGAUAUUUUACCAGAAGGCAAUGUUUCUCUUGUACUGUCUGAGGAUGGUUCUGGAAAAGGGGCAGCACUUGUUGCUGCUGUUGCAUCCAAACAUAAACCUGAUUAUACGCAAUGAAAACUGUGUGGUCACAAUGUGAAUAUCACGGAGAAAGAUGUAGAUUGAUAUCAGCUGAAUUACUCUUGAUGAGCACAUUGUAAAUUAUACGAAAAACUCACGCUAUCACUGAUGGCUCUUUUUUUGGUCCUGAAUAGAGCCAUUUUCGUAUGACCUUGAAAUGAAAACUCGCCAACAAAACAGAAACAACAAACGAACGGAAAUGGAGCGAUUUGAUUGGUUAAUCGAAUGGAUACAAACGCGCGUGGCUUUUCGCUGGUUAAGCGAACGCUCGGGUGAAAAAACUUCAUACCCAAGAACUUUCUAGAAAUCAAUCGAUACUUCGCUUUGACGUCAUACUGCAACACGAUUGGCCAAUCGAACAAUGCCUUCUCCAUAUUAGGGUUUUCUUUGGCGGGAAAAGGAAGAGGCCAUGUUUUGACCUUUUUAUCCAUUGGCUGAUAAAACCAAUAACGAACACUUACCGGAACCAUUUUUCGAGGUCAUACGAAAAACGCUCUGACAACUUAGUACAAUAUAGACAUCUCUAAGUUUCUAUGUUGAGUGUGUUUUGUAGAUAUUUUUUUCAUUACUCUAGUUUGGUUCAUUUAAGCAAUCUGAAUUAACCAGAAUGAAAAACAGUAUAUAAUAAUAUUUCAAUAAUACUAGAUUAUAACCACAGGUCACGGAGUACGGUGACGACAAUCCAAGGUCAAUCCAGCUCUUGCUCCAACUCAAGCAAGUUUUCAGAAACUUUUAGAAUCAAAUGAAUGGUACUAAAAGGAAAACAUUUUCAUCUUUGCAAGGGGUUGAGAACAAAACUUGAGCCAUGCCUUAACAUGUUUGAGAACGCUGUGGUUUGCGUAAGUUUGAUAGAUGAUAAAUAGAAAACACAGUUAAACAGAUUAUGAGUGAUGGAGUGUCCAAACUGCGUUUUGUGCAUUCCGUUUAUUUUAAGUGGAAGUUUAAACGAAGCUAGCUAUAACAAACGUGCCUUGCAUGCGUCAAAGAAACCUAGCGAUUAGGAAUGCCAGGGGCACCCAACGACAAUUUUCGGAAAAUAUCUGUUCGGAAGACGAUUUGAGAUCUAGCAUUUUCGGAACAUUUGUUGUAAAAUUUCUUGCUUGCCUGCUCCUCCUAGGAUUUUCGAACCUCUAAAAAAGGGUAUAAUUGCCCAUUUUUAACAGAUUUUUACCCUAAAAAGGUCACCUAGAACUUUCGGGAGGCUUUUUUCUGGCUGGAAUGAUCGAAAAGGUAAGUUUUGAUCCCUAUAAUUUUCGGAUCACUAGACUUUCAGCUGAGAAAUCCGAACAGAUGAAAAAUUUUUAGGGGAUAAAAAUAUGCCUAUGUCUACCAUUUAAAUACUAAAAUAUGCUUAUAACAAUGCUAUGUUCAAGUGGUUUUGAACAAUAUUGUCGUUGGGUGCCCCUGGAAUGCAGGCACCUCUUGUCGCCUGCAAUUAGAUUUCACACAGUCCCCCCCUCAGGAUUGUCAAUUGGGAGCUUAAGCAACGACGACGGCGACGUUAACGAGAACGGCAAAAAAGCAAUUGGUUUAGAUUGCCGAAACAACAACUUUGCACGUGCAUCACGCUUUUUUGUACAUUUCUUUACAUUUUCUGCUAUGCCUAAUUUCACGUUCUGCAGUGGAGGACGUGGACACUCGACUACGACUUUCUUUUUCUUUUCCUGAACCUCGAUAAAGUUUUUUAGAAUUCAAAUCCAGAAAAAUUUGGCAACAUUUUAAUUGAACGAAAUGGAAUAUGCGCGAUAAACUUUGAAGCAGUGCGACUUUGCUUUUUAAGUGACGUUUUCGUAGCCGUCACAGUAUUUGUUCAGUACUUGUUGCUUGAGCUCCAAUUUCAUGACAGAGCUCCUUUAAGGAAAUAAGGAGAGUUUGCUCUCUCUCUCUCUUCAGUCCUGCCAAGGCUUGAUACACUAGACUGACUGAACAGGGUUUGCAUUGCACCCCUCGAGAGAACAACAACGACAACAGAAGAAAACAACAACACCUACUAAAUUUAUCAACAGGGGCUAUAUUACAGUAGAUUUAAUACAUUAAGAGAUCUACAAUUCAUGGGCGGAUUUAGAGGUCGGCCAGGGGGACUGCAGCUUUUCUGUGAAAUUUUGUAUUCUUUCAAAAAGAAUUUCGGGUAAAAUAAAUAGAAUCUUUACAGCUUAUAGGUGUCCCGGACACCCCUUUCUGAAUUUUCUGGAUCCGCCCCUGUAAUUCCUAAUCUAAAUUAUAUUCUGUUAAUAGAAAUAUGUAUUGAUAUCAAGGCUAGCCAGUGUUUUCUUGACGUCAGCAAAGUUACUAAUUCUCAUAGAGUUCGGCAGUAAGUUCCAUUGUUUGCCAGCAUGUUAAGAAAAGAAUGGAAGCUGUAAUUUGUAGAUUAAGGUAAAGGAAGCUAGAAUUAUAUUAUUAUAGCGGCUGCAUAAAUUAUAUAGGAUUGAAUAAAUAGAC